AAAAUAACUAAAGUAAUAAAUUAAAAAAAUUACUAAAGUUAUUUGAAGUAAACAACUUAAAAGAAAAAUAAAAUAAAUUUUAAAACAAUUAUAAAAAACUUUUACUAAUUGCGAAAAAUUAAACAAAAUAGUUUGCCUUAAAAAUCUCAGAUAUUAAGCUGGAAAGCCUUUAGCCGCGCUACAGCACAAUUGCCGCAAGGCAAGGUCGUUCACACACACAUACACAUAACAUACAACUACAUUUUGAUUUUGCUCACUCACAUCACCGCCUUCAAGCCAACGCACGCACGCCAACAAUUCAAAGUAUAAAUAUACUUAAAUACAUGAGCAAAAAAGAAUUAAUGUCAGCAGCACAAGCACCGCUAUGACAAAUGACAAAAACAACAGGCACUCGCAGCACAGCGCUGCAAAAAACAUAAAAAUAAAAUAUAAAGGUAAACAAAAACAACAAUAGUGCGAAUGUUUAGCAAUUUUGAGUGGAAAUUAGGUAAAAAUAGCUGCAAAAACACAACUCAGCCAAUGCGGUUGGGAAACAAAAUGUGAAGAUGCUAAAAUUAUGAAACAUCUGCUUUGUGUAUGUGUGUGGAUUUGCUUGCUUUCUGAUGUGCAUAGUUUAUAGUCGCACCAUAUGUGUUGUGUAAAUGUUUUUUGUUGUAAGAAAAGUAAAAAAAAAAACGAAUAAAAAAAUGCACGCCAAAUGUUGGAGAAAUACAUUAACACACUUAUAAGAGUAUGUAUGUGCAUAUAAUGAUUAAACGCCGAGCGUCCAAUGUAGCAAUAAUAUUCAUAAAUAUCUCGUCAACUUUGUGUGUGCGUGGGAAUUUCGUUGAAAUGUCCAAUCUAUCCAACGAAAAAAAUUUACACUCAAGCAUUUCGGUGUAGAACAACAAACAUACAAACAAACUUACACUCGUAUACAUAUGUAUAGUAUAUGGACAAACAGACAUUCGUUGGACAACAGUUGAAAAGCUGACAGUAAAUGCUUCCCACGCAACACUACAUAAUUAAUGAGUUAAAUACCGCAAUGUGAGUGAUUGACAGAAAUAUCUAAAGUGAUUAUCUACCGUAAUGACAGAAAAUUAAAUUGCUGCGCCAAUUUCUUAAAUAAAAAAGUAAUUAAAAAUUUAUUUUGUAUAAAAAUGUGCAUAAUACUGCCUACAUAUUAAUAGAUAAUGACAUAUUGAUCAUCUACAUGAGUGACUAAAAUUGUGGUGUGUAAAAAUAUGUGUGUGUAUUAUGCACGUAUGCAUCUAUGUAGCUACAUAAUUGAAUACAAAAUUUUAAUUGUGUUAUUGUUAGCAUUUUAAUAUCUACUUUUAUACAAACCUAUUACGUGAAUAUGUAUAAACUUAUAUAAACAACAACAAAGUACAUCAAAAUGCGCUUUUUUUAACGCAAAUGUCAUUUACAUAUAUAUAGUGUUGGCUUUUUCGCGUCUGUAGUAUUGACCACUUUGACAUGUGGCAAAAAGCUAUUAAAACAUAAGCCGACAUUAAUUGGAAAAAUGGUAUUUGUUUGCUACGUGCAGUUUACAAAAACGACAAGCAGAUAAAUGUCUAUACAUAUGUAUAUUAUUAUAAAUGAAUGAAUAGCAAUGAAAUAUAUUUUAUGUAAUAGUUAAACAAAUUAAAUUUAGUGAACGGCGGUGCUUCUAUAUAAAAAUUAAGAAAUUUUUAUAAUUUUUCAAAAUUUAAAAAAAAAAUUUUUAGUAUAAUUUUUGUAAUAUAUAUUAUAUAUAAUUCAUUUUAAUAUAUUAAAAAUUUUAAAAUUUUUUUCUUUUUAAAUAAAAUAUUUUUUGAUGUUAUAAUUUAAACGCAAAAUAAAAAAAUAAAAGAAUUUAAAAAAUAUCUAUUGCACAUUACUAAUACCGUAGCAGUAUAUUUUAAUAAUUUUUUUUACUAAAUUUAACCACACAGUUGUAAGAAAGCUGUCAAAAAUAUAAGCAAAAUAAAGCCAGUAUGCAACCGAAAAAAUAUAAAAAUUAAUUAAAGAAUGUCAGUGUGAACAGCUCACGCCCCAAUUGUGGACGAAGUAAAAAGCAAUGGCCGGCCAACGGCAUAUGGGUGGCAAUGCGCCAUAGCGGCCCACAAAAGCACCCACCUGUUUAUACAUGCGGUCGUCGAAGCUUCACACCUCCAAAUGUCACUCAAAGCGCUUAAGAAUGACAUAGCUGCGUGGCACUUGUUCGCCUUGUUCGCUGAGAAACCAAAAAAGUUGUAAAGAAACUAGCAUUACAAGAAAAUUACACAACAAAAAUAAUUUAAAGAACAGUACGGUGAUAAAUGAAUGCACACAUACACCGAAACAUAUGCAGAAGUUCUUUGAAAAGUAGAGAAAAUUCAAAUAUUCCCCCUUAUAAUAGAACAUAAAGUAAAUAAACAAAAAACAACGUAUAUCGCACACACCGCUCGCACACACACCGCCACCCACACUAGCCUAAAACAAUGCUGCGUAGCUGUGUGUGUUUGGGUCGUGGCGCGAAACGGCGCAGCUCCUCGCUAGAGGACACAUCGUCGUGUCGCUCGUCCGAAAUUGAACGUGUCGCCAAACGUAUGGAGACCAUGACCGUUUAUACGAAAACUACGACGUCGUCAAAAACGACAACCACAACAACAAAUAAGCUGCAACAGCAACAGCAACUGUUGCAACAAAGCAACGAUGGUGGACGCAGCACCACUUCCAGUCUAUUGCAGUUCUUCCAAUCGAAAACGUGGUACCGGCAUUGGCGCAAAACGGAACGUUCGAUGAGCAUGUCAAAGACCGAACGCACCUUACGAGCAGCUUUGCUAAUCCAACGAUGGUAUCGAAGAUACAGAGCGCGUAUGGAGGUGCGUCGUCGCUAUACAUGGACUAUAUUUACAAAUCUAGAAUAUGCGGGUGAAAAUGAUCAAGUGGAGUUAUAUAACUUCUUCAAUGCACUGCUUACACACAUUCCCGAAGCUGCUGCUGCCCAACGUCCGUCAAUGCAACGGGACUCCGAGAUCUCAUUAGCUUCAGAUGUUUAUUUCGAUGAGUCAGAUUUCAACGAGGAUGGCGAAUAUCGUUCCGAUAAAAAUUACGAUGGACCGCAUUUGAAAUUUCCCUUAAUCAAGAAGGAUGUUGUGACGUUAAUUGAUGUGUUUCGCAAGAAAAAGUCUGAUCGCCUACUUGCCAAAUAUGUGGGUGGUAUCCUAAAAGAGGCUGCAUUUAAAUUAAAACGACUUCCAAAUCUCAACCAAGCAUCAACGGCAAUAUCCAAGCAGGUGACAGUCAUCGGUGAUUUGCAUGGUAAACUGGAUGAUCUGUUGGUUAUUUUCUAUAAGAAUGGUCUUCCUUCAGUCGAAAACCCCUAUGUCUUUAAUGGCGAUUUCGUGGAUCGCGGCAAAAAGGGUCUUGAGGUCUUUCUGCUGCUACUAGCUUGCUUUCUGGCCUUUCCCGGUGCCGUGCACUUGAAUCGCGGCAAUCACGAAGACUCUGUGAUGAAUGCACGUUACGGUUUCAUACGCGAGGUGCAGCAGAAGUAUCGUCGCAAUGCCGAUAAAUUAAUGAUAAUGAUUGAAGAAGUCUAUCGCUGGCUGCCGCUGGGCACCAUCGUUAACAAUCGGGUAUUGAUUGUGCACGGCGGUAUAUCGGACACAACGGACUUGGAUAUGAUCAAGAGCAUCGACCGCGGCAAGUAUGUCUCCAUUUUGCGACCACCCAUUGAGAUGGCAGGUGAGGAUGGCAUCGAUAAAGUCGAAUGGAAGCAGAUCUUCGACAUUAUGUGGAGCGACCCUCAGAUCACCGAUGGCUGUAAGCCGAAUGCAUUACGUGGCGCUGGCACUUAUUUCGGUCCCGAUGUAACCAAACAAUUCCUAACAAAAUAUAAAUUAAAAUUCCUUGUGCGAUCACAUGAAUGUAAACCGGAUGGACAUGAGUUCACACACAAUAAACAGGUGAUCACAAUAUUUUCGGCAUCCAAUUACUAUGCCGUUGGCUCAAACAAGGGUGCCUACCUUAAGUUCGGCCCUCAAUUGGACACACAAUUUGUGCAAUAUAUCUCAGCGGCAUCGAAGACAUCAAGACUAUCAUUCCAACAACGUAUAAGCAUUGUCGAGAGCUCGGCGUUACGUGAACUGGGUGCGCGUUUACGUGACCGACGUGAAAUGCUCGAACAGGAGUUUUCGAAAUUGGAUCCAAAACACACUGGCGGCGUAACAGUCGCACAGUGGUCAGACACAAUGGAGCGUGUGAUGCAGAUGUCUCUGCCAUGGCGUUUGAUGCGCGACAGAUUAGCACCGCCAUUUUCUCCCGACGAACCAAAUAUUGUUAACUAUCUGCUGACCUUGGAGUUGCUGGAAACAGAUGUUAUAAUAGAGGAAGCAGAGGCUUCUACGAGUGUCACCGAUGCGCUGUACAAAAAUAAAAGCAGCCUGGAAGCAAUAUUUCACAUACUGGAUAAAGAUCAUUCGGGUCAAAUAUCAUUGGAUGAAUUUGGUGAUGCCGUGGAUUUGCUACGGAAAUAUAUGCCAUCGGCUGGUUCGAAAAGAGAACUAAUGAAUAUGUGUCAAAUGAUGGACAUAAAUAAAGACGGUUUUGUGGAUCUCAACGAGUUUUUAGAGGCAUUCCGUCUCUGCGAUCAAGCACGCAAAGCUCCACAACCCACAAAAUCCAAAGUGUCACGACCUUCGGAUUCAUUGCGCGUUGCCGAACUCGCCGAACAACUUUCUUUACAGAAAUUCAACGAUGUCGAAAGUGAUAUCGAUCCGCGAGAUCACGUGUCAGUGAUACUGAACGAAAAACCCAAAAUAUAAAUACAGUGUGAGUGACACACAUACACAUUACUAUAUUUGAGUACUCAAAAGUGUAGAUUCUAAGCGUAGAGGAACGAACAACCAUAAAAGUUGUAGACACUUAAAAAUAACAAAUAAAUUAAAAGUAUAAUUUGUAUAUAAUCGAAAAAACUAGUAUGAAUUAAUUAAUUAUUAAUUUUAUUUAAUAUGAAAUGUUAAUACCUAAGCUAUUUCUAUUUGUAUAAAUACUUUUUUUAAGCACCAACCAAUUUAUUUCUCACACAUACACAUUUUUACGUUAUGUAAAUUGUGUAAAUAAGGCGCGAUAUAUUUAUGCAUUAAUACCGUUAUAGAAUAUUAUAUAGAUUUACUUAGCUUACUUAUACUUACCUAUCUUCAACGAAUGUUUUCCGCUUCACGAACUAAAUUCUUACUCCGUCCAAACAACACUAACUAUUUCUAAGUGUUUUCAAUAAUUUAUUUGCUUGAAAAUAAAAUAAUUAAAUUAUAUAAGAUAAA